AUAAUAUAAUCUCCAAAGGCAAUUCUAAAUUACCUAAAGUUAUAGUGUUUCUAUUCUGUGAGACUUCAAUUUCUUGCAAAAGACUGAUCGAUUGACAUGAAGCUGAAGAUCUCAGACUAAACUGUUUCUGCUUUCAUAUUUGUCUGAGAUUUUUUUUACAGAUUUCUGCUUUAAGUUCCACUACCUAUCAGAAUUAGAGGGACUGCUUGCGGUAUACUAAGUUGCAGCAAGCAAUUUUGAGGGCGAAUGAUCAUGCUUACUCGUUCUAAUGAAAAUCUUGGAUUCCGUUUGCUCUGAAAGAAAUAAAUAUAUUUGCCAUGGGCGUAAGCUACUUGUCAGUUUCAGCGGUCUGCACUGUUCUGAGCUAUGUUGGACUUCAGUGUUGGAUGGGAAUUUCAGUCGAGAAACUAAAAUCAGAUGGACUGAUUGGGGAGAGUAUUAUCAACUUUGGGAAUGAAAGACGUGUAUUUGAGAACCUUUUAGGUUCGCAGACAACAAUUGCUCUGGGAGCCAAUUUUGCAGUUAACGUAUUUAUCCUGCUGGUUUUGUUUCUUAAGACAAUAUUCUUUGGAGAUUUGCACUCGUCAGAAAUCCGGAAGCUGGCUGAGCGCCUUAUCAAUUAUGUUAUUUCCAAGGGAACUUUUCUUCCAUUGGUAGUUCCACCGACGCUAUAUCAAGCAGGCCUGUGGUCAACGUGGCUAGCUGUUCUUUGCUUUUUAAAGAUGUUUCAAGCUUUAGCUAGGGAUCGACUUGAACGAUUGAAUGCCUCUCCUUCAGCUACUCCCUGGACAUACUUCCGUGUGUAUUCUGCCUUAUUGCUGGUUUUCUCAGCCAACUUACUCUGGAUGAGGGCGUGCCUGGUCGUAUAUACAACAAUAAGUUCAUCCCUGUUUUUGUUAUUGUUCUUUGAGCCUCUUAGCAUAGCAUUUGAGACGCUUCAGGCUAUUCUUGUUCAUGGAUUCCAGUUGCUGGACAUAUAUAUCAGUGACUCGGCAAAUGAUAUUUCAAAUAGCAGAAUGUCGAAGCUCUUUGACAUAUCUGCUGCAGGCUCAUUUGGAGAAUGGAAAGGCAUGCUUAUCCGGAAUAUGGGUUUUCUCCUGGACAUGAUGACUCUAUUGAUGGCCCUAGCGCAUUAUGUGCACAUUUGGUGGCUUCAUGGCAUGGCAUUUCACCUUGUGGAUGCAGUUCUUUUCCUAAAUAUCCGUGCUUUAUUGAGUGCUAUAGUAAAACGUGUCAAAGGGUUUAUUAAACUGAGAAUAGCAUUGGGAACUCUUCAUGGUGCACUUCCUGAUGCAACUUUGGAAGAGCUACAAACUUAUGAUGAUGAAUGCGCUAUUUGCAGGGAACCAAUGGCAAAGGCGAAAAAACUAUCUUGUAAUCAUCUUUUCCAUCUUGCAUGCUUGAGAUCUUGGUUGGAUCAAGGUUUAACUGAAAAUUAUUCAUGUCCCACUUGCCGGAAGCCGUUGUUUAUAGGAAGAAGCGAGAAUGAGGUAAAUCCUCAAACCGCUGAUGUUCGGGGUGAUGAGCUGCUUGCUCGCGAGAUGAGUAUGGGACUUGAUCAGUUGAAUCUUCCUGGUCAUGCCCUUCCAAAUGAAGUUUCCCGCAAUCAAACGCACAAUCCUCUUGAAAGUAGUGAUUGGAGGGGUUCGGGAAUUGAUUCAGGUUGGUUGGGUUUAGAUGGUGCUGGUCCAUCUACAGGCAUCAGGUCAGCGGGAUUGGGUCGGGUUCAGACAGUGAUGAGGCAUCUCGCAGCUGUUGGAGAAACAUAUGCACAAACUGCUCUGGAAGAUGCAGCCUGGAACAUUUGGUCUAUGCGUGCCUCCCAGGCUGGUACUUCCAGUUCAACAAUCCCUCCUGCAGGUUCUGUGAGGCACGUCGCAGGUGCUGGAGGGUUACACUUGAGGACAACCUCACGUGCUGCAAACAGCAACAUUCCGAACAUACAUACAAUGGUUGAAACUGUUAGAGAAGUGCUGCCGCACAUACCUUAUGAAAUAAUUUUUGAGGAUUUACAGAGAACACACUCGGUAACUGUUACUGUGAAUAAUCUUCUGCACAUGUGAUUAUACAUACCUUUCUUUGUGAUACCGUUGUGGUAUGUCUUUCACUGAGGCAGGUCAAAACUGAAGCUCUGGUAGUGUACAUGUGUGAGGUUUCCAAAUAUGUCGAUGCCAAGCCUGUUACUGCAUUAUUAUAUCUGAUAUAUAUAAGUUUCACUUUUUUGUACAUAUAAAUAACUUAGGCAUCCUGCUGUUAGAUACAAAUUCUAUAGUAAUUCCUUUUUUCUUUUGCAAAAUAAAAGAGCAUAUUCAUUUGGCACACAUGGUAGAUAUUGCCAAUUUUACUUUGUUCGAUAGUUCUACCAGCAUAUAACCGGCACUGAAUAAUAUCUGGUGAAGCCUGUUGAUUGUGGUAUGCCAAAUUCGAAUUCUUUAUUA